AUGCCUUUGGCACCGCAUAUGUCACCUCCGAGUGCUGACGGCACCGACACCACCACCACUACCAGUGCUCUAAUGCCUAACAAACCGAAACUCGCGUUCAGUAUCGACUCAAUAGUGAACAGUAUGCCAUUCGACGGCGCCUUCCUACUGCCCCCAUUCCGUAAGCCUAAACGGGUACGUACGGCAUUUAGCCCUGGUCAACUACUCAAACUGGAACAGGCGUUUGAGAAAAAUCAUUACGUGGUGGGCAGUGAACGCAAACAACUGGCCACUGGGUUAGGCCUAUCGGAAACCCAAGUGAAGGUGUGGUUCCAGAAUCGGCGUACGAAACACAAGCGCCAGAAACAGGAGGGCGACAGUAGUCCGGGACAUACCGGCGCUGAGGGGGACGGUAGCGGCGAUGAGGAGGAACUGGAGGCUGAUAUGGAUGGCGAGGCGGAUGAGGACGAGGAGGUGGACGUGUCGGAUGAUAGCGAGAGCGCCGGUAGUCAGAGGCUGUUGAUGGGCGCGCAGACACCUCUGUGGCCUUACCAUUUGAUGGGAGGCACCGGUAGCUCAAUGGCCUCGACGUCUAAUACACGCUAUCAGUAA